GUCAACUGGAUGACAUGAACGCAGACUGCAGGCUAUAGGGUCUGGCUUGUUGCUCAUUUUCAGUUCCCAUUUGUCUAGUGAGGUCGACGUUGCGUGUUUCAGUGAAGCAACAAGUUAACCUUCAUCACAAGCUUCAAGAACCAAGACGCUCAUGCUGCCUUGUUUACAUGAUGGACGGAUAUGUCAUAUCACCUGCGUCAGAGGAAAUACUUCCAAAUGAACCAGAGACUUAUCGACCACCUGCAGAGCUGUACCCCUAUCUCACUGUGGGGGAGAUUUAUGAAGAUCACAGGUGGGCUUACCACUCGGAGCGUGUCCAGCCAACAGACUUUGAGAAUUCUCCAGUGAAUCAUCUCAUAGAGCUUCAGCCUGUGUCUCCUCAACAACUGGUGCAACCGUACCGCUUCAGCAGCGAGUCUCUGCCUCUCCACCUGGACCCACCGCUCGUUCCUCUCUCUGUGUCACCACAAAUCCCAUAUUACAACCCAUCCCUGUGCUACCAGUACCAAGCCUCUGCCUCGCCCAGACAUUACUACUCAGAGGAGGAGCAAAGAGGAAUCAGUCCUCCGCUCGAGGUAUCAGAAGGGGAGGAUGAACUUGAUGACCGCAACCACUCUUCCUUCAGGAAAGACACUAGUAACAAGAAGAAAAUCCGCUUGUACCAGUUCCUCCUGGACUUGCUAAGAAACGGUGACAUGAGUGACAGUAUCUGGUGGGUGGACCAGGAAAAGGGCAUCUUUCAAUUCUCCACGAAACACAAAGAAGUUCUGGCCAGCCACUGGGGUCGUCAGAAAGGCAACCGCAAAAAGAUGACCUACCAAAAAAUGGCCCGAGCUCUGAGGAACUAUGGGAAAUCUGGAGAGAUUAAAAAAAUAAAGAAGAAGCUAACCUACCAGUUCAGUGAGGAAGUGCUGAAGAACAUCUAUUUACGCCAGUAUCCUCGCUGAUGAGGGAACAAAGGUUAUCUUUCAUUACACUGAAAUCACCAAGAUUAUGUUUUGUCUGUUUGCAAUUUCACUUCGUUUUUCUACCAAGUUCUCUUACAUAUUUAUUUGUGAUGCCAGUGUACAUUAUGGUAUUUGCCUCUAUAUAAACAUCUUCAUUUCAGACUCAAAUUGAGUUAAAUUUGUGUUAGUGUACAAGGAUUAAGGAUGAUUAAACAUCAGAGACAGCUGUAAAACAACACAAAAUGUUUGUUUUUUACAUGAUCUUUUUGUCAUAAAUGUGUGUAAAUAAAUAAUAUGUUCUAUUCUCAAA